AUGGAUGGUGGACGAGAACCUACCCCCGGCUUCAGCCAGGAGAAGAGCCUCCUGUUCACUGCCAAAUUGAUCAUCUUGGUCUUCACGUCUGUCUGGCUGCUGGUCUGGGUGAUUCGAGAGUACCUGAGUAAACCAUCCCUCAACCUACCACCAGGACCGAGGGGCUGGCCCUUCCUGGGCAUCCUGCCGUCUCUAGGCAUGAGUGCACCCCAUGAGAGGCUGGCUGAGGUAGCCGCUAAGUACGGCGGGUUGUUCACCUGUUACUUCGGCGUGCAUCGUGUGGUGGUUCUUGGGGACUACGAGACUAUCAUGGAGGCACUGGGUAGGUCUGGAGAUGCUUUCAGCGACCGACCAAGGCUGCCGAUGUUCACUGAGAUUCGAGAAGGAAAAGGUAUUGCCGGAGCGUUCUAUGGCAAACACUGGAAGGAGCAGCGGGCAUGGACGUUUAACGCGCUCCGUGGCCUGGGGCUUGGAAAGGACAACUUCGCGGUAAACAUAACCACCGAGAUCGGUUAUCUCUGCGACCGUCUGAAGGCGAAUCCGACGGUUCCGUUGGAUCCCAACCACUCCCUCAACACCGCGGUGUCUAACAUCGUCUGCUCAAUCGUAUACGGAACCCGGUAUGAGUACGAUAGCAUCCGGUUCAAACGGAUGCUCGCUCUACUCCAGGAGAAUUUCGAGCUGGCCGGAAUGGCCGGACUGGUCAACUUCUUCCCGUUCUUAAAGUACGUUCCGCUGAGUGGGUUUAGAAAAUUCCGUUCCAACCUCCAAGAACUUAUAUCCAGUCUGGUUACAAAGUCCGUACGCGAGCACCUGAGGACGUUCAAUAAGAACAACAUCCGGGACUUCAUCGACGCGUAUUUAAAUGAGAUACGCAGGCGCAGUAGCGACGGGCAGACGUCACCGUUUACAGAGGAUAACUUGACCUGGGUCAUCGCUGAUCUGUUUGCAGUAGGCACGGAGACCACCGCCCUAACUUUAAGAUGGGCACUGCUUUAUAUGAUAGCGCAUCCUGGUGUGCAGUGCCGGGUCCAGGAAGAGCUGGAUGAGGUGGUUGGGCGUGCCCGUAUGCCGUCAAUGGAGGAGCGACCCCGGUUGAACUAUGCCAGGGCCGUAAUAAGUGAGAUCCAGAGAAUACGCUACAUUGCCGCAAUAACCGUGCCCCGAGCAACCACAGAGGACACCAAACUAUACGGCUACGAUAUACCGAAGGGCACCACGGUCAUGCCAGUCAUGUGGGCCGUCAUGCACAACGCCAAGACAUGGCCGGAGCCAGACCAAUUUAGACCGGAGCGUUUCUUGGACGAGAGAGGGCAGUAUCGCAAACAUGAGCAUUUUUUACCUUACGGAACAGGUCGUCGUAUGUGCCCAGGCGAGCGACUGGCCAGCAUGGAAGUGUUCUUGUUUUUCACACACCUUCUUCAUCAAUUUAAUUUCACUCUGCCGUUGGGGGCGCCAGAGCCAUCUCUCAAGGGACGAAUGGGGAUUACUUUGGCACCGGAACCGUUUGAACUUAUUGCCACGGGUAGACAAAUAGAGAGGCUUGAGUAGCUAGUUCAUUGCUCCAAAUCAAGUGUAUA